CAAUGAGGAAAUAGUCAUAUAAUAUAUAGCAUUCCAUAUGACCAACUUCGCAGAACAUUUCUCGAGGUCCUAAAAAAGCGAAAGGGAAAGUGACAGAUGUCGAGGGGAUAGAUACAACAAAAAUGAAUAGAGAACAAUUAGAGAUAUAUGUACAUAAGAUAUUGGAAGAGAUAGAACGGGAACGAGAGGAAAGAAACUUUUUUCAACUAGAAAGAGAUAAACUACGAACUUUUUGGGAAAUUACGAGACAUCAGUUGGAUGAAGCACGUGCUGUAGUCAGAAAUAAAGAACGUGAGAAAGAGGAAUUAGUAGAGAAUCAUGAAGCUGAACUCAAAUUAUAUAAGCAGAAAGUGAAGCAUUUGAUGUAUGAGCAUCAGACUAAUUUAUCUGAAACCAAAGCAGAGCAUCUAGUUGCUCUUAAACUGGUACAAGACGAUCAUAUUGUGCAAGAAAAUGAGCUUAUUAAAGAUAAAACCAACCUUAAAAAAGUACAGAAAGAGCAGGAAUUGGCGUACAUGAACGAAAUUCGCGCAUUAAAAUUGACUGAAGUAGAGGAGAGGAAGAAUGCGCAAAUUGCGAAUCUGAUAAAGAAUCACGAGAAUGCAUUUACCGAAAUGAAAAAUUAUUACAAUGAUAUCACUCUGAAUAAUUUAUCGUUAAUUAAGAGUAUAAAGGAACAAAUGGAAAUGAUGAAAAAUAAUGAAGAACGUAUGAAGAAACAAGUACGAGAAUUAACAACAGAAAAUAAAAAAUAUUUGACUGACUUGAAAGCUUUGCAGGAAACGAUUACCGAACUUAAUCGUCAACUUGCAAAUUAUGAGAAAGACAAGCAAUGCUUAGUUAACACAAAACGAAGAUUAUCCGUAGUGAUGAAGGAUUUAGAAAAUUUAAAAUGGGAAAAUGAAGUUCUCGAGCUGCGUUUUGAAAAAUGCCAAUCCGAAAGAGACGAGUUACAUUCUAGAUUUGUGUCGGCUAUAUUUGAGCUGCAACAAAAAACGGGUUUAAAGAAUGUACUCUUAGAAAAAAAAUUAGAAAAGUUAUCGGAUUUGCUAGAGCAACGUGAAGCGCAGAUUAGCGAAGUGUUAGCUGCUGCUCAAUUAGAUCCUGCGGCAGUGGUUAAUAUGAAUAAAAAAUUAGAGGAUAUGCUCAAUAGAAAAAAUACUGCAAUACAAGACCUACAAUAUGAAUUAGCAAAAGUAUGUAAAGCACAUGACGAUUUGUUAGCAGUUUAUGAGAGUAAAUUGCAAGAAUAUGGAAUUCCCAAAACUGAACUUGGAUUUCAACCUUUGAGAAUGAAGAUAAAUGGUGCGAAAUUGGGUUUAGGUCCAGCUGGUCUCGUUACCGCAAAUCAGUAA